GUCCUUCCUUUCCAAUAAUUGCCCAAUUUAUUCUGCCCUCCCCUCCUAGUUCCUCCAAAUUCUGAAACUCAAAAACAAAAACCCUAAAGCCACCACAGCCAAUCGUGGCCUCAUCAGCAGCCUCGUCUACGACCAAGAUCGAGGAUUCAAGACUUAGAAAUUCCCCAUCAAAACGUCAGAGUUUGGAUCACUUCAAUUAUAUGUGCUGGCAUGAGACCUUUCUGGUGGCACGCAUAUUACUCGUCAACAUCUUUAAGUCAAGAUCCCUUGCAGUAGGUUUAAGUUUUUAUAUAUCCCAGCUUCAUGCAUAUGAAAUCUUAUAUUCGAUGCACUGCCUCACUGAUUGAAUAUCUCAUUUCGAUUCUCAAUAUUAACUUGGCAACACAGGAUUUUGUCUAUUGACCAAUAUGUGUUCACAAUUGUUCUGUAUGAUAUUUAUACUGGUCUUGCUCUUGAAACUGUAGAAGCACCUAUGAUAUUCACUUCUUUGCUUUAUUUGCAAGGGCCCUUUCACUUAAAUAUCUUUACUGAGGAUCACUUUAGAUAUGAUUAAUUAAUAGUCUUUUGUACCUUCAUGCUCUAAUUUGAAUAUAUGUCUCUCCCACAUCCCCUCCAAGUUAUAUCUCAGGCUCAAAGCUUGGAUUGUAGGGCAUCUCAAUAAAUAUCUGUUGUAUCAUUGAUUAACAUUCUUGCUUUUAUAACCAGAGGAAAAAUGGGUUGAUUUAGAGCUAUGUCAUUUCUUUGAUGUUUCUCGCCUUUGCAAAAUUAAUAUCCUGUCUUGCAAGAACUAGUUGUUGCUCGUUUAAACAUGGGCCAGAGCCUGUUUGAUGUCCCAACAUAAUAGAGGUAUGUAAACAGAAGGCUUUUCAGGCAAGAAGUAAAUCUAGAUCCAUGAUUCAUGGAAAAACAGACUUGCUUUUCUAUGUUUGUGAUCUGUA